UUAUAUUCUUUAUUUUUAUUUAAAUGGCAAAUAAAGAUGUUAAAAUCGCUAUGGAUUCUCACGUUCCUGUUAUUUUAAUUAAUGACUCUCCUGAAUGUCAAAAAUUGUCUUUGAUUUCUUCAAAAAACAGUGUAUUUAUAGAAGAUCCAUCAAAAUUUAAUCAAGAAAAGGACAGGUAUUCAACAGUAGAUAUUGAUUCUGGAACGGUUUUAAAAGAAAUGGAUUUGGAUGAUGAUUAUUCAAUUAUUGAACUUUCGUCGUCUCCGUCUUUUAAUACACAAGAUAUAGCGAAAUCCUCAUUAAUGGAUAGGAAUCCGAAUGAAUGUUCUGAAGUAAAGGAUUAUUAUAAUACUUUAUCUAUUUUAUCUACAGUUGAUGAUUUUUCUUUAAAUAUUAUGAAAUCGACAUCAAUGAUGGAUUCAAAAUCUAAUUCAAAUGAUUCUAAGAGUUCAUGUGAUUUAAGGAAUGAUAAUAAUUUAACAAAUCAUGUUGUGAUUGAUCAAAAAAUUUUAGAAAAUACAAGAAAAAGAGUUGAGAAAAAACGAAUUUCAACAUUGAAAAGUGUAAAUAAGCUGAAAACUUCUAAAAAAGAAUGCAUAAAAGAAAUGAUUGUUAAUGUAGAUACGAAUAUUUUAUCUUCUUCUAUGGGUCCUAUAUUAUCUGGUCUUUUAGAAAAUGCUAGCUGUGAAUAUACAGAGUGGUCAAGUCCAAUUCCAAAUCUAAUAUUUUGGAAAAGAAAGGUUAUAGCUGAAUAUGAUGAAAACCUUGGUUAUUUUGUUCCGGUUCCAGAAACUAUUCGGUCAGAAAAGUUUAUCUUAGUUUAUAUAAAGGCAUCCGAAUUAUUAAAGCUCGAAUCGGACUCAUGUGUAGAUGAAUUGGUUAAGAGACUGACUGAUGAAUUUCCUGAUUUGAAAAUAAUAUUUAUGAUUGAAUCUAUUGAUACUUUGUUUAAAAAAAUAAAAAAUGACAGGAAUAGACGUUAUGUUGAUGCUAUGAGAACUACUAUUGAGACAAAAAAUUCAGAAAAUAUUUUUAUUCCAUCUGAAGAAAUUGAAGAGAAGAUAGAAAAUAUACUGCUUCGUUUGCAAUUGAUACACAAUGUUUUUAUUGUAAAUACUUCAAGCGUAGAAAAUAGUGCUGAAUGGAUUUUUAUUCUUACUGGUGAUAUUUCAACAAUACCUUAUAAAAGGAUGAAAUUGGAACUUUCAACGUCUUUUUGUAUGGAAUCUGGACAAAUAAAGACAGGUUCUGAUGUUAAAGAUACAUAUACUAAAUUACUUCAAACAAUUUAUAAAGUAACUCCACAAAUAGCAAAUAUUAUAGUUGAGAAAUACCCAAAAAUAUCAGAUUUAGUUUCUGCUUUUCGUGAGAAUGGACCCGAUGCUUUGACAGAUUUAACAAUUGGAAAAUUAACCAAACGUAAAAUUGGGAGAGUUUUAUCAAAAAGAAUAUUCCAUGCAUUUAUGACUUCCGACAGUGCAGCAAGUGCUAUUUAGAAUUGAUAUCAUAU